UUCGGUGGCCUCCAUCGCCGAUUGUCUCCAAUAGAGGCGAACUCAAUUUCCCAAGUGGCGCCGCGGAGGCCAGUCCGAAGUCAGGUAUUUCCGGCCUACCGUAAGGUUUGAACUGGGCGGCGGCAGUGGUCACUGGCACAAUUUUGGUGUUAUGGGGCCAGUUGUGAGUCUGGGGACGUCUAAACCAAGAUUCAGCAUCUUCAGUUCCUAAUAGAUAUUUGUUCAUCAGGGCAUCCCGCUUUUCCCCUAGUUCCCCAAGGACGCCGCUCCCCGGACUAGUCCCAGAAGCGCAGUUUUGGUCUGAUUAUUGCUUCCUUACCUUUAGUAUUGCAUCCCCCCACUCACCUCUUUAGAGCUUACGUUGUGGUCUUCCCUGGGCUGUGUCUUGGGUGUCCACAGUGUGGGGAGCAAGGGCACAAGACGCCAGGAAGCCAGACCCCUGCCGCAGGCCAUGAGUAGGAGUCUGGGCUGGUCUGAGCAGCUCGACGCGCUUCUCAAUGCUACGGACCGAAAUGUGAGCAGGAUUAAGCAACGGCUGUAUCCAGUUGGAGUCUCUACCGGGGCAGGAGACCUGGCUGGGACCUGGAUUUCCCGUCAUCACUUGCCUACCCAGUCAGGAAUCCAAGCUCAAAAGGCUUGGGCUCUAGAGGCUCCUGUAUUCCCAGAGAGGCUAAACUGGGCUGAGGCCCACAGUGCAUCUUCUCUCUGGGACGAAGUUACUAUUCUUCGAUCCCAGCUUAGAUCCCAGGCUCAGGUGACUGAAGCACUAUGGCAGGCUGUCCAGGGCCUGCUGGAAGAGCGAGAGGAGCAGAAGUACAAUAUCUCUGCCCUGGAAGCAUCACUAAGAUUGCUGCAGGGGGGCCCAGAGCAAAGGGUCCUUCUCCUGGAGCAACAUCUGGAAGAGAUGAGAAGGGAACUGCAGGGCCUUCGAAGCCAGGUGCAGGAACAGGCCCGAGCCCAAAUACAGACAGGACCACAGGAGUGCAGUGCCACCAGUGGCCUUCACGAAGAGCUUCAGAAUGAGUGGCAACUGCUGGGCAAGGAGUCAGAGAUUCUUCGGGAGGACCUAAAGUUGCCACGGGACCAGUUGAGCCAGCACCAGGAGCUGCUGCUGAAACAGAUGAAUGAGAGGCGGCAAGGUCAGGCCUGCAGCUGGAAGAUGUUGGAUCAGCUGCAAAGUGGCCAGGACGGCAAAGGUCACACCCUGGAGGCUGUCAGAACAGAGGUCCAGGAUGCCCGGCAGGAGCAUGACCUGCUCAGGACUUCCGUUCAUGUCCUCCAAUCUAAGCUGCCUCGACUGCCCACCUUCACCAUGUCGCUUUCUUCAUCUAGUUCUGAAGUCAGGCUUCUGGACAGUAACAGUAGCUGGGAUCUUUUAAGGAAGCUAGGUGAGGAUCUCCAGAGGUAUACCCUUUCUAACCCGGAGCCCAGCAGCUUUCAGCUCCAGGCCCAGAGCCUUGAGCAAGAGGACCUAUUCUUUAAGGGCCCCAGGAUACUCCUAAGUGACCUGUAAGGACUUGCAAUGUAGUAGGAUGAAGUCUUCUUUGCUCACCUUCCCCUCCAAGGUCCUGUUUCUGAGUCGCCUGCCCCUCCCCUCUUGAUCUAGUUGGUGUUUGCCCUCCCUACUGAGGCUUGUCACUGCCUGUCCAUCCAUGUCUACCAAUUGCAAUAAAAUGGUUUAACCCUCCCUGAUGUGUUUGUGAAUCAGCACCCACAUGGGAUAGGCUCAACUGUACCUUUUCUUCCUCCUGUUACUUGAUUGCUUCCUGCUCCCUCUCUCUCUGAAACCCAAGU